AUGCUUCCCUCAAUCCUCUUCUGGUUAAUCAUCUUCCCCUCAAGUUGCAAGUUCCAUGUAACUGAUGCCUCCCUCACACAAUUCAACCUCAGAAGCAACAACACCUUGGACUACAACUUGAAGGUCAGCAUCACAGUGAGAAACCCCAACAACAACAUCAUAGUGUACUAUGGUAGGAUCACAUCAAUAGCUUGGUACAAAGAUAAUGAUUUCAGUUGGGUGAGCUUAACACCCUUUGGCCAAUGCCGCAAGAAUACCACCUUCCUUCAAGCAGUGUUUGAAGGGAAAAGUGUGAUUAAGCACAAAUCAAAAGAACUUGGUGAGUAUAAAGAUGAGACAAGUGUUGGAAUUUAG